AUAUAAUCGGCGUAAUGAAUAUGCCCCUGGUACAGCUAACCUUCAGAGUUUGUCUCUGACCAGUGGACAUCAGAAGGAUGUUUGCAAAAUAUUCGAACGGAGUACUUUAGCUAGCUGAUAACCUACCUUUCCUUCCAAGCACGCUUAAUCGGAAUGAUGUCGUUAGGCAGUUGUCAGUCAGAUACUAGCUAGCUAUCGUUACAGCUAGCGGAUCAACAAGGUUAACGUUAGCUAUUUAAAUGUUACGGAAAUCAGGUGAAUCAGUCACUGAAAAUACAAGCAAACAAAAGCUGAAAGAGUCUAAUGUUGGCAUUGUAUUUAAUUGAAAUUUGAUAUACUUAGCUGUCAGAAGAAAAGUGAAAUUACACAUAAAACAAACCAAUACUCGUAGAUUUACCUUAGCGAUAAACUCCUUAGCCAAGCGGCACACUUCCUGUUGUUACUGCUGCAGUCUGGGAAAAGUAUGGGCACGUUCUUUAGAUCAGAAGCUUUUUAUUUAUUUAUUUAUCGCCUCCUAUAAUUCCAGUUAGAAUAACUAGGUCUAUCAGACACUUUUCCCCAUUCGGAUACUGAUUUUAUUAUACACAUUAUAUAGUUAAAUAAAGGUUACAUAAAAAAAGGUAUAAUGAUCAUAUAUAUAUAUAUAUAACAUAUCUGAUACUCCUUUCCCAGUUUUGUUUUGUUUGAUUUUCUUUCACUGUUCGUUGUGUACUCCAACCUGCGGAUGGCAACAACACGCUAAGAAACGUCUUGUCUGUCCGGAAAUCCAAGGCGAAGGAGAAACAACAAAGAUGGCGGACAGGCUAACGCAACUUCAAGAUGCAGUCAAUUCUCUUGCUGAUCAGUUUUGCAACGCAAUCGGGGUGCUGCAGCAGUGUGCGCCGCCAGCUUCGUUCAGCAACAUACAGACAGCAAUCAACAAGGACCAGCCAUCGAACCCCACUGAGGAGUAUGCCCAACUAUUUGCUGCACUGAUUGCCCGGACAGCUAAGGAUGUGGAUGUGCUGAUUGACUCACUGCCUAGUGAGGAGUCCACGGCAGCUCUACAGGCGGCCAGUCUGCGGCAGUUGGAGGAGGAGAAUCAUGAUGCAGCGGCACGUCUCGAAGAGGUGGUAUACCGAGGGGACUUGCUACUAGAGAAGAUCCAAAGCGCCCUGGCUGAUAUUGCUCAGUCACAACUUCGUACUCGCAGUGGAGGGCCCAGCCAGACCACACCGCCUGAAUCAUGACCCCACACAACAUGGGGCAAAGACAUUCUCACAUCACAUCACUUUCUCACAUAAACUCACCAGAGGGUGCAAAUGUGUGCAGGAAAUCAAAUAAAGAGCCCAUCUGAACAGCUGACCUCUCAAGGUGAAUCUAUGGAAAAUACUUCUCGCAAUAUGUGAGUGGGACAUUGGGAAGUUGGUGCUUGGGGAAUUCAGUGAGGCCAUGAACUCACAUGUUCCUUUACACAAGGACCUUGAGUUCUGCCAGCAAGGAACUGUUUACUCUGUCCUUUUCUUAGCACACUCUAUUUUGGAUUAAACAGCACUGCUCCGGCGUCAACAUCUGCUGUCAUUUUCUUAACACUGGUUAUUUUGAGGAUGCUAGUUAAGGGUCUGCUGUUGGUAGACAUUUUUGUACAUACUGAAAGAAACUGGUAAAAAUAACAACAAUCCUAAAUUGAUAGAAGCCCAUUUUACAUGCUGCAUGCCAGUAAAUAAUAACGCUUUACAUGCAAGCCCUGUUGUGUUUUAGAAAGUAAUGCUUUGUAUUUCAUACCAAUGUUUUUAUCAACUGUUUAUUUCAAGGCAUAAAUGGCAUUUUAAAAUUAA